AUUAAAGCAACCAAGCAAGCAAAAUAGCAAGUCCCAUUGACAUUAAUUGAACAUUACACAUUUGUGCACCUAGAGUGACCAAUAAAUUUCAGAGAGUGACAUGGUUUUGAGACUUUGGGGCCUCUCUGUGGGACUUUGAAGCUGCAUUAUAUCCAUUAUACAAAAAUGAGGCCUCUGUUUUCUCUGUUUUUGGGUGCAGGACACAGGUCUUCUUUUGGGAUAACAAUAACUCUUAUUUUUUUAAUGGGGUUUUAAUCAAACUCUUGCACAAAAGAGAAAAAGAAAAAGAGGGAGCGUAGUAGUAGAAUAAAGCAAAAGCUAAGGUCUUUCUCAUGCACGGAUCCCCAUGGAAUUGCUGGAACGAUGCCUAGCAUUGCUUGCUUGAACACAUUCUUUUUGUUUAGUUUAAAGGAACUUGCUUUGUUCUCUUUAGAAAUGUGUCCAAAUGAGACUCUUGAAACACCCCUUAUAUACAAUACAACCACACACACCUUAUAGAUGCACCAUGACAAAAAUAUUCAGCAAAAACUAGCGAAAAAAUAUAUAUAUUUUUCCAAAUGGUGUGGGGGUGAGAAGGCUAGAUAGAGUGUAGACUUGGUAUGAUUAGUUUCUUUGUUUCCCAAUGAUUGAGUCACCUUGCUAGAUUUUCUGUUAUUUGGUGAAGGAGUGUUUGGUAAUGAAGACCAUGGAUAAUGAUGAUAGUGUUGAUGAUGUUAACAAUCAAAAUAACUGGUUGGGAUUCUCACUCUCUCCUCAAAUGAACAUGGGAGUUUCUUCACAAACUCAUCAUCACUCUCAACCUUCUUCUGUUUCUGCUGAAGUGCUUCCACCAAGCUUUUACCACCAUGCUCCUCCUCUUAGCAACUAUGGCUUCUAUUAUGGACUUGAAGGUGAAAAUGUUGGGUUGUAUUCAGCUUUUCCAGUCAUGCCCCUCAAAUCUGAUGGCUCUCUCUAUGGAAUGGAAGCUCUUCAAAGCAGAUCACAACAAGAAGCACAAGCAAUGGCUACUACUUCAGCACCAAAAUUGGAGAAUUUCUUGGGCAGUGAAGGGAUGGGGACCCCUCACUAUAGUGUAUCAGAAACAAUGCCUCUAAGCUUAGAUAGCAUUUUUUACAACCAAACCUCACGCCACCAAAAUAACCCAAGUUACCAAAACCAAGUUCAACACAUCAAUAGCCAUCAACAACAGCAAGAGCUUCAUGCUCAACAGUUAUCAUAUUACUCCACCUUGAGAAACCAUGAAGAGAUGUUAGAAGUGUCCAAGCAAAGUACUCAAACUUGUGACAUCAACCUCCAUGUUCCAAACUUCCCAGCUAGCAUUGCACAAGAGUCAAAGAUGGUUGUUGCUGUGCAGGAAAAUGAAGGUGAAUCAAUGGGAUAUGGGGAUUUGAAGUCCUUAACAUUGUCCAUGAGUCCUAGCUCACAGUCAAGCUGUGUCACGAGUUCACAGCGUGCAUCACCUGCUGUCACUGAUUCUGUUGCCAUGGAAACAAAGAAAAGAGGAGCUGAAAAGGUUGACCAGAAGCAAAUUGUUCAUAGGAAAUCCAUUGACACCUUUGGACAGAGAACAUCACAGUAUAGAGGUGUAACAAGGCAUAGAUGGACUGGUAGAUAUGAAGCUCAUCUAUGGGACAAUAGCUGCAAGAAAGAGGGCCAAAGCAGGAAAGGAAGACAAGUCUAUCUAGGGGGUUAUGAUAUGGAAGAAAAAGCUGCAAGAGCUUAUGACCUGGCUGCACUCAAGUAUUGGGGUCCCUCCACACACAUAAACUUCCCUUUGGAAAAUUAUCAAAAUGAACUUGAGGGAAUGAAGAAUAUGACUAGACAGGAAUAUGUUGCACAUUUAAGAAGAAAAAGCAGUGGUUUCUCAAGAGGGGCUUCCAUGUACAGAGGAGUAACAAGCAGACACCACCAACAUGGAAGGUGGCAAGCUCGGAUUGGUAGGGUGGCUGGAAACAAAGAUCUUUAUCUUGGGACCUUCAGUACCCAAGAGGAAGCAGCUGAAGCCUAUGACAUUGCUGCUAUAAAAUUCAGAGGAGCUAAUGCUGUGACCAACUUUGAUAUCACAAAAUAUGAUGUGGAAAAAAUCAUGGCAAGUAGCAACCUUCUUAGCAGUGAACUAGCAAGGAGGAACAGAGAGGUAGAAGGUGGUGGAACUCAGUACAUUGAUCAGAAGCCUCCAUCAUAUGAUAACAAUCAAGAAGCAAUUUUGAUGCAGAAGAGUGCUGAAUCUGAAGGCCAAUCAAAUCAGUGGAAGAUGGUUCUGUGUCAAAAUCAGAAUCAACCACCAAGAACUCAUGAGAGCUUCUCAGCUGUGUCUUUAGACCACAUGUUUCUACAUCAAGAAGUAGAGGAAUCUAGUAAAGUGAGAAGCCAUGUGUCAAAUCCUUCUUCAUUGGCCACAAGUCUGAGUAGCUCAAGAGAAGGUAGCCCAGAUAGGACAAGCAUGGCACCUGUGCUUUCUGGAAUAGCUUCAACAGCUGCUGCUUCAAAACUAUUGGCUGCUAAUCCAAAUAGUAACGUCAAUUCUUGGGAUCCAUCACAUCAUCUUAGGCCUGCACUUUCUUUGCCUCAGAUUCCAGUUUUUGCUGCUUGGACAGAUGCAUAGUCCUUUUCUUUUCUUUUGUUUUUUCUCAAGUAAAAUUUCAAAGCUCUUGUUUUUUUCUUUCUGCAUGCAUGGAAAUGGACAACACAAGAGAAAGGGUGGUGGGUUUUUAGCUAGUAAAAUUGAGGGUUUAAUUAAUUGUUUGCAAUUUUAAACUUACAAAUCGUUAGAUUUUAGCAUUUUACUAGCAAAAAUUUCCUAAAUCCUCAUGUCUUAUGGCCUGAUUUUAUGGA